AUGGAGCUCCUGCACAUCGGCUUCAAUCAGGACCACGGCUGCUUCGCUUGCGGCACCAGCACGGGCUUCCGCGUCUUCAACUGCGACCCUUUCAGGGAGCAGUUCCGCCGCGAGUUCAACAAUGGCGGCAUCGCCAUCGUGGAGAUGCUCUUCAGGUGCAACAUCCUGGCCAUCGUGGGUGGCGGGACGACUCCCAAGUUCCCUCCAACCAAGGUGAUGAUUUGGGACGACGACCAGGGGCGCAUCAUCGCGGAGCUCAGCUUCAGGAGCCAGGUUCGGGCAGUGAGACUGCGCAAAGACAGGAUCGUUGUAGUGCAGGAGCACAAGGUGUCUGUGUAUAACUUUGCUGACCUGAAGCUCCUGCACUCCAUCGAGACGGUGGCCAACCUGAAGGGCCUGGUGGCACUGUCUUCCCAGGCAGAUGUGACUGUGCUGGCAUGCCCUGGGCUGCACCCAGGAAAGGUUCGUGUUGAGUUGUUUGACCGCCGGCAGACAAAGUUCAUCUCUGCCCACGCUUCAAACCUCGCUUGCCUUUCCUUGGCUCUGGACGGGCGAUUCUUGGCAACUGCUUCUGAGAGGGGGACCCUUGUGCGGGUGUGGAGCACAGCAGACGGAACCCUGUUGCAGGAACUGAGGCGUGGCUCAGAUGCUGCAGUGAUCUACAGCCUGUCUCUGUCAAAGAACUGUGAAUGGCUGGCUGUGUCAAGUGACAAGGGCACUGUCCAUGUAUUUGCACUGAAUGAGGCCCUGAAGACAGGGAUGGAAGAGCCACCACGCCAACAAGCAAAUGGAACAAGAGAGCAUGCGAGCAGUGACUCUCAAGCCAACCCUACAUCGAUGCUGUCAGUCGUGAAGGGUCUGGUGCCACUGCCAAGCUAUUUCUCAUCAGAGUGGUCGUUUGCACAGUUCCGGUUGCAGGAGGAGAGCUAUGCCAUUGUGGGCUUUGGCCAGCAGGCCAACACCCUGCUGGUGGUCAGCAUGUGUGGGUCAUUCUUCAAGCUGUCCUUCGACCCAGUCAGGGGUGGGCCGUGCACCCAGCAGUCGUAUUGUAGCUUCCUGGACCUUGAGGCCACCCGGUGA